AUGACUUCACUUUCUCACACUAGAGUUUCUAUUGACAAAGCUCAAAAUGGGUCUGUUAUACCAAAGACUCCAAGUUCCUUGGAUAGAACUAUGCAAGAUGUACCUAAACAACGGCUUGUUAUCAGUAAAAUAUCCUUAAAUAAUUUUAAGUCGUAUUUUGGCAAACAGGAAAUAGGUCCAUUUCACAAGUCAUUUUCUGCUGUCGUCGGAUCAAAUGGUUCGGGAAAAUCAAAUGUUAUCGAUGCUCUUUUAUUUGUAUUUGGUUAUCGAGCAAAUAAAAUGAGGCAAGCCAAAUUAUCAGAACUUAUUCAUUCAUCGCAAGGAUGUGAAAAUCUGGAUGCUUGCAGUGUUGAUGUAUAUUUUGAAGAAAUUCUUGACUUGCCUGGUUCGGAUAAUUAUGAGGUUCUACCUCAAUCUCAAUUGGUUAUCUCGCGUCAAGCUUUUCGCAAUAAUGCAAGCAAAUAUUUCAUAAAUGGACGACAAAGCAAUUACACUGAAGUUACGAGUCUUUUGAAAGAAAGGGGGAUCGAUUUGGAUCAUAAACGAUUUCUAAUUUUGCAGAUGAAACCCAAAGCAUCAAAUGAGCAUGAAGAUGGACUUUUAGAAUAUAUUGAAGACAUUAUUGGAACUUCUAAAUAUAAAGUCCCUCUUGAAGAAGCAAAUGAAAAAGGUGAAACAUUGGAUGAAGAACGAUCAGAAAAAUUAAAUCGUGUUAAAAUAGUUGAAAGGGAGAAACAAAGUUUAGAGGCCAAGAAAAAAGAAGCGGAAGAUUAUCUCCGAGAUGAAAACGCGUUAACUUUGAAACAGUCCACCCUUUAUCAAAAAAAUUUUCUAGAGUGUAAGAUUAAUUCUGAAAUAUCAACUAAGACUGUGAAUAAAUUAAAAGAUCAACUGAGAGAAGAAGAAGAAAAGCAUGUUCAGAUAAAACAAGAUAACAAAGAUCUUGAAGAUAAAUACAGAGAUUCUGUUAAUGCCUUUCAGCAACUUGAAAAAGAAACAAAUGAAAUUCUAGUAGAAUUGGCAAAUUAUGAGAAAGAAGAUAUUAAUCUGGAAGAAAGAAAGAAACAUGCAAUUUCUAAACAGAAGAAAGUGACAAUGACAAUUUCUACA